AUGUCGUCCUGCGCUUCUAAUACUCAUCCUGGCCGUCGACGGUCGCUUCUUUCCAGAGUGCGGCCGCUCACUUCGGCUGGCGAGCAGCAGCAGCAGCAACAAGAUGGAAGCGGACGAGCCCAUGCUGGUAUAUGGGUUUCGCAUCAGCGGGAUGGAACACACAGAGAGAGCCUUUCUCCCUUUGCCAGUGAACACCAGCAGAGCGCCAUUGUCGAGACGGACGAGACGCUGGCCACGGCUGCUCCCCGAUCAAAGCACCGCCACAGCAAGAGUUUCUCCAGCAUCCUUCAUGGCGCCAGCGAGCUCAAGACAAUCACCCGGUCGCUGUCGAUAAGCAUUCGAAACAAAGGGAAACGCGCAGCGCAUGCUCCGGGAGAACUGGAACACCACCAGGGACAUGACGAGUCCAAGGCCGGCUGGUUUCGUAGCCACCGGCUGCCACGUCGCCGGUCUCUCGGUGGUAUCAGCAACCUGAAUCGAUUCUACCCGCCCGUCUCGAGUCCGCCGAUGCCUUCAAACUUUAGGGAACUCACGCGCGCACAGAAUGAGCUGUUGGGCGGUGCGGCAGCUCAGGGCGAGCUUGCGACGGCGGGGAAACUUGCACUAAGCAAGGGGGAGGACGAAGGAAUGGAGAUCUCUGAGCUCGCUGAUAAUCUGGGCGUCAAGCUCUCGUUGGACUCGGAAAGCGGAAUCUGCAUUAACAUUCAAGAUACUGACGAUAACGCAAAGGAACUAUAUUGCAUUCGCAAGGAACUAAUGGCGCAUAUCCUAUCCUUCCUUGACGCAGAUUCACUGAAGAAUGCAGAGCUAGUCUCGCACGCUUGGAACCUCCAUGCAUCCUCCAGCACCGUUUGGAGGGAGGUCUUUUACCGUGAAUAUCGUGACAGCCGUAAUAUCACUAGCACACCCGGUAUUCCAAACCGCGCAAUGGGUCUGGGGAGGAAGAAACCCGACCAGGACUGGAAGAAGGUGUACAAGGUUCGGCACGUCUUGGAGAACCGCUGGAAGUCUGGGCGGGCAGCGGCAAUCUAUCUGCAUGGCCACCAGGACAGCGUGUACUGUGUUCAGUUUGACGAAAACAAAAUCAUCACCGGUUCCCGAGAUCGUACCAUCCGCGUGUGGGAUGCACGCUACCCGUGGCCGUGUUUGAAAGUCAUCGGCGCACACCAGUCCACAUCUGACAGCAGCGUGCCCGUCACACCAUGGCCCAUCACUCCGCCAGCAGAUUCGACCGGUAGUUCUCCCUUUAUCAGCAUUUGCCCACCGGUAGCUUCCACCGCCGGCCUAAUCUCUCAAUACCCAGCUGGGGAAUACCACAAUGCAUCGAUCCUCUGUCUUCAGUUCGAUGACAAGAUCAUGGUCACUGGCUCAUCUGACGCCACCUGCAUCGUCUGGGACAUGCAAGAUGACUACCGCCCCAUUCGUCGCUUGAAGUCGCACCAAGCUGGUGUUCUCGACGUUUGCUUUGACGAUAAGUACAUCGUCUCUUGCUCCAAGGACACCACAAUUUGUGUCUGGGACCGUGAAACUGGCGAGCUAGUCAAACGCCUUCUCGGCCACCGCGGCCCGGUAAACGCGGUGCAACUCCGCGGCGACCUAGUCGUCUCCGCCAGCGGUGACGGUGUCGCAAAACUAUGGAAUAUCUCAUCCGGUCUCUGUAUCAAAGAAUUCGCCAGCAAAGACCGAGGCUUGGCCUGUGUCGAGUUCUCCGAGGACGCACGCACCAUCCUCGCUGGCGGAAAUGACCAAGUUAUAUACCAAUUUGACGCUAAUACAGGAGAACUCGUCAAGGAAUUAGAAGGCCACUCAGGCCUCGUCAGGUCACUGCACAUGGAUAAUGCCAACGGCCGGGUCGUCAGUGGCAGUUAUGACAUGAGCAUCAAAGUAUUUGACGCAAAAGCCGGCAAACUCAGCGUCGACCUCCCCGGCUGGACCACGAGCUGGAUGCUGAGUGCCAAGUCAGACUAUAGAAGAAUAGUUGCAACCAGUCAAGAUGCUAGGGCUGUGAUUAUGGACUUUGGUUAUGGUGUGGACGGUAUAGAAUUGCUUGAGGGUUAG